AUGUGUGGGCGGACCAGCACCGUUGCAACGUCCUGUUACCGCAUCAAUAGCCUUGCCCUCGCCAGCGCUCGUUACCUAUCGAGUAAACGUCUCAAGAUGGUGGUGAGUACCCGCCUUUUACUUCUCGCUCUUUCCUGCAUUGAUUUCUUUGCCGAUUCCACAAAAUGUUUAGAGAAACUAACAGAAGAUCAACGCAAAGAGGAUCUGAACCCUCUACUUACACACGGUUGGAAGUUGGUUGAAGGCCGUGACGCCAUACGGAAGGAGUUUCAAUUCAAGGACUUCAAUGAGGCAUUUGGAUUUAUGUCAAGAGUUGCGUUGAAAGCAGAGAAAAUGGAUCAUCAUCCUGAAUGGUUUAACGUCUACAAUAAGGUGGAUAUCACACUAAGUACGCACGAUUGUGGAGGAUUAUCACAGAAGGAUAUCACAUUGGCGAAGUUCGUUGACUCGGUGCAAAAAUAA